UCUUAAAGCAACAUGCCCAGUUAACUAACUUCAGUCUGAGCAAACUGCUCAACAGAGACUGCUACAACGGAGGCCCUGGCCACCCUGGGACAUCGACUCUGACCCCUGCUGGAGACAGAAAUGGCUAACAAUUUUACUACUGCACUGGCAACUUCUCAGGGCAAUAACUGUGAUCUCUACGCACACCACAGCACAGCCAGGAUAUUAAUGCCUUUGCAUUACAGCCUUGUCUUCAUCAUUGGUCUGGUGGGAAACCUGUUGGCCUUGGUUGUCAUUGUUCAAAACAGAAAAAAGAUCAACUCAACCACUCUCUAUUCGAUGAACUUGGUGAUUUCCGACAUCCUGUUUACCACAGCUUUGCCCACUCGGAUAGCCUACUAUGCACUAGGCUUUGACUGGAGGGUCGGUGAUGCCCUGUGCCGGAUAACUGCCCUAUUGUUCUACAUCAACACCUACGCUGGCGUGAACUUCAUGACCUGCCUGAGUAUAGACCGCUUCUUUGCUGUGGUGCACCCUCUGCGCUACAACAAGAUUAAAAGAAUCGAAUACGCAAAGGGUGUUUGCAUAUCUGUCUGGAUUCUAGUAUUUGCUCAAACACUGCCUCUGCUCAUCAGACCUAUGUCAAAGCAGGAGGGUGAGAGGACGACCUGCAUGGAAUACCCCAACUUCGAAGAGACAGCUUCCCUCCCCUGGAUUCUGCUCGGAGCAUGCCUGCUAGGCUAUGUGCUGCCCCUCAUAAUCAUUCUCCUCUGCUAUUCUCAAAUCUGUUGCAAACUCUUCAAGACCGCCAAGCAAAACCCACUAACGGAGAAAUCUGGUGUGAACAAAAAAGCUCUCAAUACAAUUAUCUUCAUCAUCGUUGUGUUUGUUCUCUGCUUCACGCCUUACCACAUAUCAAUCAUUCAACACAUGAUUAAGAAACUCUGUUCCCCUGCUGCCCUAGAAUGCGGCCCAAGACAUUCCUUUCAGAUCUCUCUGCACUUCACAGUGUGCCUGAUGAACUUCAACUGCUGUAUGGACCCUUUCAUAUACUUCUUUGCGUGCAAAGGGUACAAGAGAAAGGUCAUGAAGAUGCUAAAGCGUCAGGUCAGUGUGUCAAUUUCCAGUGCAGUGAGGUCAGCCCCCGAGGAAAAUUCACGAGAGAUGACGGAGUCGCAGAUGAUGAUCCACUCCAAGGCUUCCAACGGAAGGUAAACGGGCACACGGGGACGCCAGCAGAGCAAGCCACAUGGUGGCCUCGGCAGACUGACUGUCCAGUUCCCAGUAUGGACUCCUUUCCACUUCCCACUGCCAGUCUGCCAGCUGACACACGGAGACCCAGGCCAGCCCCAGAGAACAACAAAAGCAAGUUCUCCUUCAUGACUGAAACGUUAUAGACACAGGAAGGCCAGCUUAGCAAGUCUCAAUGUAAAAGGAAAUGUUCCGUGUUCCUAAGAACACAGUCAUUACUAUUUCUGCCAAUAGUUUGGCAAAAGAUAAAUGACUGAUUCCACUAUACAUUAUCAGUGUAAAAAUGUCAAUACUGUAAUAUAGGAAACAUAUUUCUUAAUUUACACCUCUUUCAAUUUUAGGUUUUAUCUCCCUAGUUUUUAUUUGUUUGUUUGUUUUGUUCUGAGACAACUGUUUUAAGGAAUAUUUUGUGGGAUAAAGAACAGGAUGUAACUAAAGUAUUCAUAUGCUACUGCCAACUACCAGCAGAAGUUACAAGUGUAAUCAGCAAAAGGUGGAUGAAGAGCAAUGGUGUGAGUGCUCGUGACAACAGAGUAGUGAGAGCGUCAGGAUCUCCCCAGACACCAGGCCUGCACUUCUGGACCGCCGCUCAGAAACGGAACUCUCGAUGGAAAGCAUGUCCACAUGCUGCACUCUUUAGGAUGGGAAACUGGUAGUACCUGGUAUCUAUAUACUUAUAGAUUAGGCUAUAAGAAGUGGGGGCAGAGAGGAUUAUAAUUAUAAUCGCCAUAUUUGCCUAAAUAAAUCAGGAAGUAAAAUGCACUAUUUAUAAAUUAUGAGU